AUGAGGCUCCUUCAAGAUGAUUACUCUGUCCAUGCUACUGUUAGAUUUGAUCUAGAAAGAAAGAAAGAUAUCAGUUACCUAACAAACCUACCAGGAGCAUCAAAGAAGCUCCAUAUUUUCAAUGCAGACCUUGAUGAACCUGACAGUUUCAAUGCAGCCAUUGAAGGGUGCACCGGAGUUUUUCACCUCACCCACCCGGUUGAUCUCACCAAAAAAAAAUCCGAGGAAGUCGUCACCAAAAGAGUAGUAGAAGGAACCAUAGGAAUCCUAAAGAUUUCCUUGAAUUCGAAGAUGGCGAAAAGCGUGUUUAGCAGACAGUGGCUUGUCUUAUCUGAAUUAUGUCGCCACAAAAUUUAUUCAAUGCAUACCCAAUUCACGAUAAUCAUGUAUAAUCAGUUUAUGGCGUAA